AUGGCAGGAAAAUCUUUAUUCAUUUGGAUAUUAGCCUUGACUCUCCUUUUUACAAUAAGUCAAGGCCAACAAGAAGAUACAGUAGACAGCACAGGCCAUCCAGAGAUAAAUCCUGAAGGAGAUGUAACUAUAUCUCCCGAACCAACUGUUCCAGAGGGAUGUGAUCCUAAUAUCCCAAACCUAAGCGUUGGAAUUGGUAUUGCAAAGACAGCUGAGGAACUUAGAGAGUUCAAAAAGAACAACAAGGUCUACUUUUUGGGAAUUUCAAGCAGUGUUUGAGAAAAAUGAUGUCAAGGAGAAGUCAUUUUAGAUCAAGUACACAGAGCUUUCACUGAUGGAGAAGUUGCAUACAAAAAGAAACCCAUUCCAGUCAUUAGAAUUGAUGUCACCACUUUUCAAGGUGAUCUUUUGGAGGAAGAAGGAUUGGAUGUUCAGAAAGUUCCUAAAUUCGCUUUCCAUUUGAAUGGAGUCACCCAUGAGUAUGCUGAGACUUUUCAUAAAACAUUUAUUUUGCACUACAUUAACAGGAAGCUUUAUCCAGUAGUUUUACUCAAGACAGAGGAUGAGAUUAAUUCAUUUAUCAACCCUGAGAAGGAGUGGUUUGAGAAUACCCCAUUCUAUCAGGAAGACUACAUUGGCUUUGCUGAAUACUUCCCUAAGUUUAGAAAGAUUACACGUGUUAUUGCUUUUAUUAACGACAAGAGAGAUUUUGCAGACGAAAUUAAACAACUGAAGGAUACAGCCCUCUUGUUCAGUGGAAGAGAAGACUUAAGAGUAGCGAAGGUCACAGAUAAGAAACUUGUAACGAAAUAUAAGAAAAUGUAUAAUCUUGAAUGGUUUAGUGAAGUCUCCUCAAAUUCCAUUGUUAUGAUAAAAAAGGACCAUGAUAGAUCAAGCCCAAUAAUUAAGUACUACGAUCUAAAUACCCAAACUGAGUUGUUUACAGAGUGGAUCAACCAGAACAGUCUUGAGCCUCUUGAAGAAAUCUCUGGAUUCUCGUUUAAAAUUAUUUCUCAUCUUAAGAAACCAAUGUUUAUGGCAUUUGUAAAUAGAAAUCACAAAGAAUACGGGAAGGAGUCUGUUCAAUUGCUAAAAAUUCUGGAAGAAAUUGCUCCAAAGUAUCCCCAGUACAUUUUUACAUUCACUGAAGAAGAUAGAUACAGAGAUACAAAGAAAGAGCUUGAAAUCACUUGGGAUGAAGAGCCAUCUCUAUCACUGAAUCAUGUCCUCACAGAAGGCUCAACUGUAUUCCCUAGAGGAAAGCCCUUUACUAAGAGAAAUGUGAUAUACUAUAUUAACUCUAUUAUUGAUGGGAGGAUAAAUUCGAAGCACUUCAAGCUGCCUGAUUCUAAAAAGGAAUACGUGAAAUAUCUAAAGAAUGUCAAAAAGAUCAAGAAGAACAAGUUUGCUGAAGUUGCCAUGGAUCAAGACAAGGAUGUUGCCAUCCUGUUCAUAGACUCUGAGAAUAUAGAUGACAGUGUAGAAAGAGUCAUCAAAGCCUACGGUAAAGCAGCCAAGAGAUUUAACGAACUUAAGAUCAAAUCUGUGAAGCUAGCUGUAUUUGAUACUGCAAAGCAAGCUACUCCUGAUGGUUUUGACCUUGAAACUGACAAAUCAAGCUCAUGUAGAUUAUUCAUCCUUCCUUCAGCACAUAAGCAUGAGCCUUACCAAGAAAUAGAGGAUCUUUCUACCCAAGAAAUCAUGACUGAGAUCCAGAAAUAUGCUGAUAAAAGCUUUGAUCUCCCAGAGUUUCCUCACUUAGAUGAAAUAGAAAUGUACCAGCUUGAGUCUGGUUCCUAUCAUGAAGAUUUAUAA